GCAGAAGGGGGUCAGACUCCAUGAAAGGGGAACUCAGGUGGGGGGUUCUGGCUCCUUUACGGGAGGGGCAGACCCCAUGAAAGGAGAAGGUGUGACAGGAUCGGGGCACCUCUCCAGCAGGGUCAGGCUCCCUCAGCAUGGCCCUUCUAACGUAGCCUGUUGUGGGUGGCACACCAAGCCAACCAUCUCCCUACCCGCUGGGAGCAGCGGCAGUGUGUUUGCUGCUUACAGGCUGGGGUCAGGACUCCUGGGUUCUCUCCCUGGCUGUGCAAGGAGUCAGCCUGUUGAGCAGGUGGAGACCCGCGACUCCUGGAUUCUGUUCGUGACUCUGCCACAGCCUCCUGCUCACCUCUGAGCUGCAGCUUCUCCAGCUCUGCAAAAGGGGUGAUCGUGCUGCCUCCCCUCCCAGGGCUGUGUGAGGCUUAAGUCACUGAGGCAUGUAAAGAGCAUCAAUAUGAAACGUGCUGGAUAUCAUCAUUGGUGGGAAGGUGCAGCCCAAGGAGAGGGCAGGUUCCUGCGAUACAAUCAACUUAUUUAUAUGGCACUUUUUCUACAAUAUGUAAGGCAAACUACUCAACAGGCUCCAUCAAUAACAAGGCAAGAGAACAUCAGGGACGUAGCGGUUGGGACAGGACUUUAGGGUUAAACCCAACUGCCCCCCAAAUUCUGUAUCCUCGUCGAUGCCCCUGUUAAUAAUGAUCUCUAGCUUUUAGAGAGCCGUUGCAUUGGUGGAUCUCACAGCGCCUUGCAGAGAAGGCCAGUAUCAUCACCUGUGUUUUACAGAUGGGGGGAUGGAAGGGAAGGGACUUGCCCAAAAUCAAGCCAAGACUAGAACCCCCUCCAGUCCUCUGUCCACUACCCCACGCUGCCUUUCAAGGGUGCCAUUUCCACAGCUCGAUAGAGGGUGGCUCUGUGGCUUUGGACCUUCCACUGCCAUCACAGACGGGGGAGGCUGCUUCUGUCUCCCUCGUCUCCAGGCCCCUAGCUGCCUGGGACAUGCCUUCAGGAUGCAGCUGGAGAUGCAUGGUGACUAGCUGCAGCAAUAAAUCCUCAGUAAUUGCAACAGGCUUUUCCCACAGCUUACAGCCCGGAGGCUUUUAAUGAUAAAGUCUCAGUUUUGACUUUUCAUCUGAGACAGCUGAGAUUGGUUUUACACUCUUGUACCCCCAGACUCCUCCUGGUGACCUAUCGUGGUGUUUCACCACUCUCCACCCUUCCCCAAGAACUCCUUGUCCCUGCUCCCGAGAGCCUUGACCUGGCGGCAUCCUCCCAGAUGAUUGUAGCGCUCUAGGGGCUGCUUCUCUUUCUGCUGCACAAAAAGUUACAGGGCCCCUGAUCUGUUGAGGACUAUGGCCAGAAGUCAAGAUGCUGCAUUCCCUGCUGGCUGCUGUGCCAUGGUGAAGGCUGCAAUCUGCUGUGGGUCUGCAUAUCAAGGGGGGUGGUCCUCUUUAAGGGCCCAGCAGUAGUUACUGAGCAGGAGUACCUGGGCAGGGAGCAGCUGAUUCCCCUGUAAAGGGUGGCAGGAAGCUGGGGAGGGAAACGCUCUGGGAAAGAGGGACUGGAGAGUGCUGAAGGUGAGUAGGGUCCAGCAGGGAACUCUGAAUUUUCAGAGAAAAGGCUCAGAGCGGGGAGGCCCCCACAAGGGCUAGGAACGUAGAAUUGAUCGGGGUCCGAGAACUCAUUUUAAUUGUUUUGUUAUGUUAAGAAAUCCAGCCCUGGGAGGGAUGUUGCUGAACUUGCAGAAAGUUUGCUUUGGUAAUGUAAUGGAGAAAGCCUUAACAAGUGGGGAAACUGAGGCAGGGUUGCUGCAGCAUGACCUCAGGCCCCGAGGGGGCGCUCAGGAGGCAGCCGGCCUGAUGACAGGGGUGCCUGGGCUCCCAUAUGGGCACUAGUGCUGCUUCAGUUUGAGAGUUGUGCCCAAAGCAAGCUGGGAUGCUCUCGGUCAGGGUGUAAGAGUCACCAGGGGAAGAGGGAUGAAUUCUGCUCUAAUUGUGCUCGGUGGGCUGAGGUGUACAUUUGGGACUGUAACAUCUGCCCCAUGUCGAGGGUGUCUUGCUCCAGGCAGGUGUUGCUGUACCCGUGAUUCGGGGUUGGAAGGGUUUUCUCUGCAUCCGUAAGGGCUACGAACUAGCUUUGCAUUAUAAAGAAAGCUCAGAUGGUGACGAAUCGGACCGUGCCACGUGGACGGGGCCUCAUAAAGACAUAAUCUGGGCCAGAUCCAGCCUGUGGGUCGUAUGAUUGCCACCUCGGCCCUUCAUCUGGGUUGCCCCCUUGUGCUGAGCUUUUGCAUGGGCCCCCCAUUGCUCAGGCUUUCGCUUUUUGUUUUAUCAGCAGGUUUGUUUCUGGCUGGCUGAGAUGAUGCCAUUGAAAGCAGCCGCGUGACUCCCCCGGCCCCACCAUGCCCUUUUCCGACUUUGUCUUAGCGCUGAAGGACAAUCCCUACUUCGGGGCUGGCUUUGGCCUGGUAGGGGUGGGCACGGCUCUGGCUUUGGCUCGGAAGGGGGCCCAGUUUGGGGCGGUUGCUUUUCGCCGACACUACAUGAUCACCUUGGAGGUGCCCAGCAAGGACAAGAGCUACCAGUGGCUGCUGAGUUGGAUCUCGCACUAUGCCAAGCACACUCAGCACCUGAGCGUGGAGACCUCGUACCUGCAACACGAGAGCGGGCGCAUCAGCACCAAAUUCGACUUUAUCCCCAGCCCUGGGAACCACUUCAUCUGGUAUCGGAGGAAGUGGAUCCGCAUCGAGCGGAACCGAGAGAAGCAAAUGAUCGACCUGCACACAGGUACCCCCUGGGAAUCAGUGACGUUCACAGCCCUGGGCACCAAGCGAGAGAUCUUCUUCAACAUCCUCCAGGAAGCCAGGGAACUGGCUCUGAGGCAGCAGGAGGGGAAGACAGUCAUGUACACGGCCAUGGGUGCCGAAUGGCGGCCAUUUGGGUUCCCGCGCCGCCGUCGGCCACUUGCCUCCGUGGUGCUGGAGAAGGGGAUCUCGGAGAAGAUCGUGCAGGAUGUAAAGGAGUUCAUCGAUAACCCCACGUGGUACAGUGAGAGAGGAAUCCCGUACAGGAGGGGAUAUUUGCUUUACGGGCCCCCGGGCUGCGGGAAAAGCAGCUUCAUCACGGCCCUGGCCGGGGAGCUGGAGUACGGCAUCUGCCUGCUGAGCCUGAGCGACCGCAGCCUCUCUGAUGAUCGCCUCAACCAUCUCCUCAGCGUGGCGCCGCAGCAGAGCAUCAUCCUCCUGGAGGACGUGGACGCGGCCUUCGUCAGCCGGGACCUCGCUGCGGAGAACCCAACUGCCUACCAGGGCAUGGGACGGCUGACCUUCAGCGGCCUCCUCAACGCGCUGGAUGGCGUCGCCUCCACGGAGGCCAGGAUCGUCUUCAUGACCACCAACCACGUUGACAGGUUGGACCCAGCCCUGGUACGCCCUGGCCGGGUGGAUCUGAAGCAGUUCGUGGGACCCUGCUCCCACUGGCAGAUUUCCCGCAUGUUCCAGCGCUUCUACCCAGACCAGCCAGCGGCUGCUGGGGAAAAGUUUGCAGAGCAGGCCCUGCGCGUCUCGGAGCAGAUCAGCGCCGCCCAGGUGCAGGGCCACUUCAUGCUGUAUAAAGCAGACCCAGCCGGGGCCAUUGAAAACGUGCAGUCGAUUUCACUGUGACCGAGGGCGGGUGCCCUCACAGGGGAGGGGCUUGCAGUGCCACUGCUGGGAGUGACUCAUGGAGGACUUGAUAACCGUGAGGAUGCUGCUCUGUGACAGUCCCAUGGAGCCGCUCGCUCUUUGUUUCACUACCUCAACAAGGCCUUGGGUUUCUAUUAAAAUACAAAAAGAACUAGGACACCCUGAAUCCCACGGUCGCAGUGCACUGUCCAGCAUGAUCGCUCCUCCCCAGAUGCAGCUGCUGGUGCACAGGACCCAGCUGUGCUUGAAAUGCCAGGGCAUUCUGAGCCUGCUAAUCACGUGGCCAUAACCCACCCUCCACAUGGCUCUCAACCCACUGUGCCCCCAUGGGGGUAAGUGAAAGCCUGAGUGAAGAGGUAAUAGAGACGGAAGCUCGAGGUGAUGCCUGGCUCGGCUCUGGAGCAUAAUAUCUGCCAGCUGCUUUUGAAUGUUCUGUGUAAAUACAGCCCGGUGUGAAGUAGGGUGACGGAGCUACCAAGCACUGUGUGGGGCCUUCUGUCUUCCAGGUGCUUUGCGAAGUUCCAUGUGCAGGUAUUGUUACCGAGUGCUCUGUGCUGGGGGAGCUUCCAGGGGCCCCAGCCCUGGCCCAGGAGCCGGUCGCGCUACAAACCCAGAACAAGACGACAGUUCCUGUCCCAGAUAGUCCCUGCCCCAAGGCUCACAGGCUAAGCAUGUCCGUUGUGCCUAGGAAGUGAGUGCCCUUUGGUUUUCACUGCAUGCGCUCACAAGGAGGGCAUGGUCCAGCACCCAAGUUCAUGGGAAUCUUUCCAUCCCCAUCCGCGGAUCAGGCUCUCAGAUAGGCUUGUUCUGACUCACGUGAGCUGUCGCUGCGGUGGUAUUAUCUCCAUUUUAUGGAGGAGGAAACUGAGGCACGGGGAAGCUAAGUGGAGGCUGCUCAAGCCUCAUUUUCAAGCCUAGCCUGAGCCCUCCUGACCCUGAGUGGGUUGAGUCGUUUUCAGACCCAGCCCAAAAUGGAGUCGGGACCACCUGUGCUGGGGACUUUCCCACUGCCCAUGGCCGGGAUCCAUCUCUGGCACAUCUGCCCAUUCCUGCAGCCACUGCCUUGUCACACUGAGCAUGUGGCGAAGCGAGAGACACUGCGACUCCUCAGCACCCAGCAACAGGAGGUGCCAGCGGGAGUGGGGCAGGCUGCAGCUGUGCCUGAUCAGAGGCAAACCUGAGAAGUGCAGGUUGUUUUCUGACCCAGCCUACACCCAGUGCCUGUAGUCGGCUCUCAUCUGGGUCGAAUCGGUUUGCGAGGCUAUAAGGGAAAGUGGUCGGUUAGCGUCCGAGCCGGGAUUAGAACUACAGUCUUCCUGGCUCCAGGGACCCCUGGCGUUGCCCUCUCCAGAGACCUGCUGCCAGCUGGCGAGAGCCUGACGGGCAGAACAUUUAGGGUCACGUAAGGCCUGAGCAGAAGCCAAUUGAAAUGCACCUGGAAUCCUCAGUAGACGUGUGCUCCUUGUACCCUUGGGGUUUGAUCUCUGUCUCUCUGUGUAGCUGAGCUGUGUGCAUGGGGGGGCGGGGUUCAGUACCUGCUGAACCCCUUGUCCGGUGCCCCCUCUCCCCUUAGAGUGGCAGCUGCUGCCGUAAAUACCGAGGUCACUUCAGUUUUCACUGCCGCGAAGCUCGUUGGGUACCUGGAGCGGGAGAUCCCUAUGAGACGUGGCACUGUCGGCCUCAUCCUGGAACCGUUCCCUGGGCAGCUGGGACACCAUCUUCAGGUGUGGUGAGGAGCAGGCCAGGCCCGUGGGGAGCCAGGGAGACCCAUGAUAACAUUGCUAGUGUCCCCCCACUUCUUGGGCCCUUCUGUUGGCCCUGUCCACAGGGGCCCUCGCCUGGGGGUCGGGUGUCUCAGCUAUGACUGGUUCAAUCGUCUGAGCUCUGCUUUGGUGCAGCCGUUCCUCUUGGACUGCGACACUCCUCUGAGUACAGUGCACAGGAAGACAGGGUGUGUGAGGGACAGACAAACAUUUUGGGGUUCAACCCAGACCAGUGACGGGCUGUGUCACCCGCUGCCCUGCCCCUCUGGUACCCUCACUGCUGUGUGUCAGCCCUGCCGCCAAGCAUGUGGCUCACACCCUGGCUUCCACCACCUGGUUACUUCUUGCAGAAUGACCCUGAUGCCCUCCCUGUCCCGAAUUUCCCCCAGCCCAUCUGCCUGCAGCGUCCAGCCCUCUCCCUGAACCCUCACAGAAGUUACAUUCAUUGCUCCUUUAAAGGGUCAGUUCUCUGCAGCUCGUUAAUUUAACGGGUUUGCCCCGCAUGAUUAUUUCAAUCACAGCACUGACUUGGUUUGCAGUGUGUUAAACGAAGAGUCCCAGAGUUGCAUGAUACCCAGUGAAGACAGGCAGGGGGACAAGGAAAGAAAAGUAAAAAUUCCUUUCUACGACAAACUUCAGCAAGUCACAAUCUUUGCCCGAGCAGAUUUCUCAGGCCCCUGAGACCUCAACCCCCUUGGCUGAAGGACCCAACAUUGUGUGAUUUCAAGAGCUCUGGGCUCUGGAAUUCCCCAGGUGAUGACCAACUACAGGGGUCUCCACUUCCUUUUAAUAGCCCAGUAACCCUUUGAGGUGUAUUCUGUGAGCCGUAAGCCCAGCCCACGUGUUUCUCCUGCGGGGGCGGAGACACCAUGGUGUCUUCCCGAAGUCCACUGACCCUGCUUCCAGAGGCAGGAAGGCCAGCUGUUCUUCGGGGGUGUCAGCUGGCACCCCCCAACGCGAUGCAUUUGGGGAGAACUCCCGGGCGUCGCAAGUCAAGAGGAGGAACCUCAGAGGUUUCACUCGGUGCAGGAGAGGAAGAGUGGCCAUUGCUGAGCGCGCCAGCCCGGCAGUCAGGAGAGCGGGUCCAAUUCCCUGUUCUGACAGACUCGGUGUGACUGGGAAGAUGCCACGUAGCCUCUGGGCAUUAAAGGCAGUGCUGGUGGCCAGAGAAGCCCAAGACAGGCUGCUUUGGCCACUGGAACAAGGAUGGGUGUUGCCAUCGUCGGGCCUGCAGCGGGCAGUGCUCAGAAAGGCUCUGAGUGGUGUCCCAGCCCAACCACAGCGUGCUCAGACAGUGAGGGGCCGUAGCGCUGAUCGUCCAUGGCUUUACCCCAGGUGUUGCGAAGCUCCGUGGGGUUGUUCUGAGUCUGGUGCAGCCAAGUGAAUCACAGAUGACCGUGUGGCCACCGCCAGUCCGUGGCCAGGUAAUGUCCCCUCCUAACCUCACGUCCGACUUUCAGGGCUCGAAGUGCGGGGACUUGAUCUCCGACGUGACCAAAAAGUGCCAGUGGUGGCUUCAGCCCUCUCGAGGCCAGGCUCAACGAUAUGUCCCUAUGACCGGUCCACUCAAACCACCCUGUGCCCGGCAGUCGCCACUGGCAGCCCAGAUGAAAGGUCUCCAGCUCCUGGGGUCUUGUGGAGGCAACAUCCUUGUUUCAGAUCCGUCCGAGAGGCUCGGGAGUGCGCAGCUCUGAUAAAUCCGUGGCUGGCUGGGCCCUGUUGAUGACAAAGUACUGCCCUGAAGUCAUUGUGGCUUUUCCAGCAGCACGGCUGGUUUGUAUUGUGAUUGCUGCUCUAACAUGCUGGAUUUUUGUCUACGCCCAA